AUGCGCCAACGACAAAAAAGCCGCGACGACCAUCAUGUCCUAGCUGACUGUCUACCCGGAGGAGCACCCAGGGUUUUCAAAAAGAGCAUCUUCUACAAAAUCGCCUGCACGCUGACCCAGAGACGAUCGCAUCUUUCGUGGCGCGUUGCCAUUGCCACGCCGUCGUGCGACGAACCGGCCAAGACGCGGAACAGCCCUGCAACGGUGCCCAAAAGCGCCGUCACCAAAUGCAAGGAUGCAUUCAUCCACACCGGGCCAGGGGCCCAGCGGGGCACAGAUGGGCCGCGAGCUGAUACAAGUAUAUCCCGUGUUUGCCGGCGCCGUAUGCACAGCUUCCGCCUGUCUUGCACGGUUGUCGCGCAGUUCUGCGUCGUCGAGGAGCUUCUGAGGCCCAGGGAGGACUCCAGGAUUGGCGAGGCGUACCUGUCGCAACUAAUCUGGGCCGCUAUGCAGAUCAGCCUGACAAAAUUGCUGGCCUCGUGGGGCGUCAGGCCCAGCAUGGUGCUUGGCCGUUACAGCGGUGAAAUUGUCGCUGCGUAUGCUGCUGGUGCGCUGUCGAUGGAGGGCGCCAUGUCGGCGGCGCACCACGGCAGCCAGAUGGCCAUCUUGUUAAAGGAAAGGCAUCGAGAGAUGCGGGGAGCCCAUGGCAGCUAUCGGGUGCGGGUGCGCAAGACGUCCAGCGUCAAAUCAAGUUGCUAG